CGAAAGCAGUGACCAUAUCUCAGUUCUUAAAUACACCACCCUCGAUGGUUCUCCCCAUUCGAAAUCCCUAAAAAAGUUGGAAAAAAUCGAGAAAAAAGUUCGAGAAUGGAGAGAUUCAAUGGAGGAUUGAAGACGUAUUGGAAGGAGAAAGCGUACCGGAGGUUGGAUUCGCCGGAGGGGAAGCGGCGGAGGAGGCGACGGCGACUGGCGAAGGCUGAGCUAGGAGAUGGGAGGCGGCGAGGGUUUUGGAGGAUUCGGAGCCGGAUCCGGAUCGCUUCGAGGUUUCGAUCGCUGAGAAAGGCGUCGCCGAGAAGGAUCUUGACGUGGAUCCGUGACGCUUAUGUGCGGCUGAUGCUGGCUUUUGCGAGAUCGGCGGCGAUCCGCGGUGGGUAUGGGUAUGGGUACGGCGGCGAGGCGGUUGCCGGGUUCUCGCGGCCGGCGGUGAAGGAGUAUGAUGAGAAGGUGCUCGUCGAGAUCUAUAAAUCGAUAUUGGCUCGCGGUGGAGGGAUCGUGGCCGUUGGAUCGGAGAUGGACGGUCAGAUCGUCGUGAACAGAUGAGUAGUGUGCCGUUUGGUGAAUAAAGGGUAUUAUUGGUUUUAAUUUUUCGUUUUUUUAAUGAGAAAAUAGUUUUCUUUUGGUUGGGAAUUAGAGAGAAAAAAGGAAUAAUUGAUUUGGGGUUUAUCCAGUGAAUAAAUUAAAAUUAAAAUAUAAAAUUGAUGAUAAUUAUAUGAUUGGACACAUGGGAUAACUAAAUUAUCGGUUAAUAAUUACGUCCUUCAUUAAUUUUGAUUGCAUGUGUAUAUAUAUAUUUAUAUGGAUAUUGACAAUGACUAGACAGGUCAAGUAUAGUGUCAAAGUGACUUAACAUGGCUCGUAGGUUCACAUAUAAUCAAUAAGGUUCUAUUUAUUUGAAUUGACCAUUUUAUCCAUCUACAUCUCACCUUCUCAGCAGCAAGACUUACUAAUAAUCAAAUGUUCUAUUGAUAAUAGGUCUUUAUUAAAAUUUUUCAUAAAUGGUGAAAGUUUGAAUUAUGAGUAAUAGUAUAUUUCUGGAAGUGCGAGUAAUAGUUAUGUGUGAAUGGUCUCUGUGGUUACAGACUCUGCUCCUAUUUGUUAUAUUGUGUCUAGAUUUGACCACGGUUCGGUUUCGGUUCAAAACCGCCGGUUCCGGUUUUAUAAACUAUAGAACCGGAACCGAACCAUAGUCAUAAGGUUCCGGUUCUCGGUUCGGUUCCAAUACGAUUUCGGUUCCAGUUCGGUUCUAAAUA